AAAAUAAGAAUAGAAAUGGCUGCUGGAACUGAAUUGCAAGAAAAAGAACUGAUAGCAAAAUCCAAGAGAAUGCUUGCUACAACAAAAGAUCCAAUAGAGCGAAUCCGUCUUCAAUGCUUAACCAGAGGCGUUUCAGGGAUUAAACGGAUCGGGCAAAUAUUUAGGAUUAUGGAUGAUGACAACAGUCGCAGAAUCAGUUUUGAAGAAUUUUGCAAAGGCAGCGAUGAUUUUGGUGUUGAGCUGACAGACGAAGAAAGGCAGGAAGCAUUCGAUGGAUUCGAUGCAGAUGAUUCGGGUUUGAUAAGUUUCGACGAGUUCCUGGUUCGGCUGAGACCUCCUAUGUCUCAUAAUAGAAUUUCUAUUAUCGAAAAGGCAUUUAAUAAAUUUGAUAAGUCGAAUGAUGGAAUAGUAACCGUGGCUGAUGUGAGAGGAGCAUACAAUGCAAAACACCAUCCAAAAUUUAAGAACGGUGAAUGGACCGAAGAACAGGUCUUUGGAACCUUUUUGAAAAAUUUUGACUCGCCCACGGAUCCGGAUUUGAAAGUAACGAAAGAGGAAUUUAUCAAUUAUUACGCAGGAUUGAGCGCGAGUUUCGAUACCGACAUGCAAUUUGAUUACAUGAUGAGAAAUGCAUGGGAUUUAUGAAAUCAGCGAGUGUCAAGCGAUAUUCUCCUUUUCAGAAUAACCAAGAACAAAAAAUGGAUUUUUUCGAGUCCGUUACAUGAGGCUCUCAUUUCUACACUUUAAAAAAUUUACAUACAAGUUAAACUCACCAAUAUGUAUUUUAUCAUAU